AAACGUCAAAUGCGUCAAAAAAGCGCAGCAGUUGUGUCCACUUUUGGUGCCGUCGAACUGAAUUUUUAGCUGGCUGCCUGACUGGCGGUUCGAGUUCGAUGUCUGCGUGUGUGUCGUCGUCGGCAGCUUGUUCCUCCUCCGAAAGCUAAACUAAACUGGGAAGAAUAGUGCGCCCGUCAGGUGAAGUGCUAAUUAGUGGUCGCGAAAAAGUGUAUUCCGUUAAUCAACCGGAAGCGAAGAGAACGGGUUCACUGGGAAGCAGUAGGUGAUUGUUCCGGCGAAGAAAAUUCCGGAAAGGAAAAGUCUGCUGAAAAGUGUCAUUAGUGGUGUCGGGAGACGUGUGUUCUGCUUUGGUGGCUCAAAUUAGAGUCUAAUUUUUUGGGUGUCUAGUUUUCCCUGCAUUGAACCGGUCAAGAUGAGUCCGCUGAGCAGUUCGAGGACGGCGAUAUUCAGCUAUUUUAUGGUUGUGUAUGUAUUCUACAACCCCACCGACAGUGGAGCGGUGCAACUAAACAGCGAGAAUCUUGAUAUGACUUUAGCUUCUAAUGAAUUAGUAUUUAUCAAUUUCUACGCCGAAUGGUGCAGAUUCAGUAACAUUCUGCAGCCAAUCUUCGAUGAGGCGGCAGAUAAGGUUAAGGAAGCGUUCCCCGACAGUGGUCGGGUCGUGAUGGGUAAGGUGGAUUGCGACCGGGAGUCGUCGGUGGCGUCACGGUUUCACAUAUCCAAGUACCCCACGCUGAAGGUUAUCCGCAAUGGGCAACCGACGAAGCGGGAAUACCGCGGGGCACGAACCGUGGAUGCGUUCCUCGAGUUCGUCAAAAAACAAUUGGAGGACCCGAUCAACGAGUUCCACCAUCUGAGGGAUCUGGAGAGCCUGGACACUAAGAAGCGGGUCGUGGUUGGCUACUUUGACCGGCGAGAUAUGCCCGAGUACAACACGUUCCGGCGGGUAGCAACGAACCUGAAGGAGGACUGCAUGUUCCAGGCAGGGUUUGGUGAAACUGUUCAGGCUAUGCAUCCACCAGGGCACCCUAUCAUCGUGUUCCGACCGGAUGUGGCUUUGUCGGACGGAAACGACGAAACGUUCCCCGGAGACUUGAACAACUUUGACGAGCUGAACAUUUGGGUACAGGAGAAGUGUGUCCCGCUGGUGCGCGAGAUUACCUUCGAGAAUGCCGAAGAACUGACAGAGGAGGGUCUGCCGUUCCUGAUUCUGUUCCACGCGCCGGACGAUUUCCAAUCGAUCAAGGACUACAAAACGGUAAUUGAAACCCAGCUGAUAACGGAGAAACAAAAUAUCAACUUCUUGACGGCCGAUGGCAAACGGUUUGCGCACCCAUUGCACCAUCUGGGCAAGAGCCAGUCGGAUCUGCCGCUGAUUGCCAUCGAUUCCUUCCGGCAUAUGUAUCUGUUCCCUAGCUUCAAGGAUAUGUACGCACCGGGCAAGCUGAAGCAGUUCUUGAGUGAUCUCUACAGCGGAAAGCUGCAUCGCGAAUUCCAUUACGGCCCGGACCGGAACGAUGACAACACCAUCGAGGUGAUCAUGAUCAAUGGCGAUGUGAAGAAAGCUACCACCCCUCCAGAAUCAACGUUUAAGAACCUUGGUCCAUCGAACAAGCGGUACACUCUGCUCAAAGAUGAGCUGUAAAUGGAUGGCGCAACCAACAUCGACGCAGGCGGAAUCAAAGGCAAAACCUCGGUUUCCAUGAUUUUUGGGUGGAAACAGCUAUUAACACAGAUAUUUGUCUCUUUAUCUAAGACAACACUUAUUCGUUUCGAAGUACAUUUAUGAACUUCGCCCUUUCGUCCAGCCUUUGUUUAAUUCUAAUUUUGAUAGUGAGAACAAAGUAUAUUCCCCUAAUGCUAUGCAUCCUAAAUGAAUCGGUAUUUUCUUUUCAACUUCCAUUCUGAUAGUUCUACGAAUGUUGCAACACCUGUCUUUGGCAUGAUUCGUUACAACUAUUAGACGCCCAACAGCACUAUUAUAAAGUGAUAAUUAUUACCUAAGUAGAAUCUGAAAACUAACUAUCGCGACUAGGACAAACAUUCUAAAGCUGCGACAGAGAUUUGAGAAUUCUUAAGCACAGCCUGGAGUGAAUGCGAACAAGUAUGUGACGGCAAAUAGUGCGUGACUGACUGCUGCUUCAUUAGCCGUAACAAGUCCUACGUUUUAAAUCUUUCGGAUACUUUCUCCGGUACCAGCCGAUAAUUGUACAAGUUUUUUCCGUGUUAUCUCAACCGUGUUAUGCGAAACUGUUGUGCAACAUCAACAAAUCGAUCAUAAGAAAAAGUGUUCUAUAAUGCAGCAGCAUUCACAGAGGCGGGUCCAGCUAGCUACUAAAUUCAAAGUUGAUGGUGCAAACAGUGUGGAUCGAGAAUAGUGAUACAAAGUUACACUUUUUAUGGUACGAAUUGCAGUAGGAAAUACAAACAGUAAACUAAUUUAUGACCAUCAGAAGCUGUCAGAUUGAAGCUGGAAGGUUAAAAUGUAUAGCGAUUACUUUUUUUUUUGUUAAUUCGUACUACAAAAGUCUGUAUAAUAAAAUCUAAAAUAUAAA